CGAGAGCAGCGCUUUGACGCACCACGCCGAGUUGGAUUAUAGUAUUGCGCGCUGGUGUCUCACGGGUUUUUUGCCACUCAUGUUGACUACACCCAUGUCAACGGCUGCCAACUGAUAGCCUAUACUAUCGGAAUCAAUAUAUCUCUGCCACGGCGAUCUCUUGUGAGUUUUGUUGUUGUUUUUUGUUAUUGUUUUGUUUUGUUUUUUUUGGUGGGGGGGAGAGGUCCAAGCUGCUUCCGCGCCGGACGCUUGUUGUGAAUUAAUAACCAAGACCGCCUUACCUGGAGUGUGUGAAUAUACACAAAGUGUGUUUGCUUGAGAGGGUUUUCUUUGGAUCAGUUAAAGGAUCAAGGUAAUUCACGAGCUUGGAUCCAGGCGCACACACAUUGCACGCAGACACAGAGCAUACAUCGGGAGGAUCUGGUCACCGCAUGCCGGGGACAUGUGGAAGUUUGCGCCGCUGUAGCGCAGCCACCCUGCCGGUCCACUGUAUCGUCGACCUCCAGUUCAGUGGGACUAAACUCUUGCCACAUACUUCACCCCUCUAAGAAGACCCAAAUGUAAACUGACAACGUGUGUUUAAAAAAACACGCAUCUGCAAAGGGAGGACGACGAAAAGGAGAACAGCAUCCCAUUGCGUGCAGAGUUUGGUGAGCCCCCUCGGGAAUUCCGAGGCGUUAUUUUUUUUAUUUAUUAAUUUUUUUUUUUUUUUUUUUUUUUUUUGUGGGUCUCAUAUUGGGCCCCCCACUUGCCGCAGUGAUGGUAGAAGCUUUGUGCCCCGUUGGCCCUGGCGGCUCCUCGGCAGCUGUGUCGCGGCUGCUGGUGACGGUAAUGCUCUUGGUCCUGUCCAGCGGAGCGAACGGCCAGCCCUGUCCGGCCCAGUGUUCUUGUACAGGGACCACAGUGGAUUGUCAUGGGCAGGGACUCCGCAGCGUGCCCAGGAACAUACCCCGAAACGCGGAGAGACUGGAUUUGAAUGCGAACAAUCUCACUAAAAUCACCAAGGCGGAUUUUGCAGGACUGAAGCACCUGCGAGUGUUGCAAUUAAUGGAGAACAAAAUCACCACAAUUGAAAGAGGAGCGUUCCAGGACCUGAAGGAGCUGGAGAGACUACGCCUGAAUCGGAAUAAUCUGGCUGUGUUUCCUGAGCUGCUCUUCCUUGGAACGACGAAGCUUUACAGACUUGACCUCAGUGAGAACCAGAUUCAGGGGGUUCCAAGGAAAGCCUUCAGGGGAGCUGUGGAAAUCAAGAACCUGCAGCUGGAUUACAACCACAUCAGCUGUAUUGAAGAUGGAGCUUUUCGAGCGUUACGUGACCUGGAAGUGCUCACCCUCAACAAUAACAACAUCAGUCGAUUGUCUGUGGCCAGUUUCAACCACAUGCCAAAGCUCAGAACCUUCCGCCUGCACUCCAACAACCUGCAGUGUGACUGCCACGUAGCCUGGCUGUCCGAGUGGCUGCGACAGCGCCCUCGCCUGGGUCUUUAUACACAGUGCAUGGCCCCUCCACACUUGAGGGGGCACAAUGUGGCUGAAGUGCAGAAGAAGGAGUUUGUUUGCUCAGGUUACCAGACAUCAUCAUCUUCCUCCUGCAGUGUGUUACAGUGCCCAGAGUCCUGCACCUGCAGUAACAACAUCGUGGACUGCAGAGGAAAGGGUCUGACAGAAAUACCCACCAACCUGCCUGAAACUAUUACUGAGAUACGAUUGGAGCAGAACGCCAUCAAGGUGAUCCCAGCUGGGGCCUUUUCUCCUUAUAAGAAGCUACGCAGGAUAGACUUGAGCAACAACCAGAUAUCAGAGCUGGCCGCCGAUGCUUUCCAAGGCCUGCGUUCCCUUAACUCUUUGGUACUAUAUGGGAACAAGAUCACUGAGAUUUCAAAAGGACUGUUUGAGGGGCUGUUUUCUCUUCAGCUGUUGUUGCUGAAUGCUAAUAAGAUAGCGUGUCUGCGCGUGGAUGCAUUUCAGGACCUUCACAACCUCAAUCUGCUAUCACUGUAUGACAACAAGCUCCAGACUAUUGCCAAGGGGACUUUCUCAUCGCUAAGAGCCAUACAAACAUUACACUUAGCCCAAAACCCAUUUAUCUGUGACUGCCACCUGAAGUGGCUGGCGGACUACCUGCAGGACAAUCCCAUUGAGACGAGCGGUGCCCGUUGCACCAGUCCUCGGCGGCUCGCCAACAAACGGAUCGGGCAAAUCAAAAGCAAGAAGUUCCGCUGCUCAGCUAGAGAACAGUAUUUCAUCCCAGGUACGGAGGAUUACCGCAGUAAGCUAGGAGGUGACUGCUUCGCUGACUUGGCCUGUCCUGAAAAGUGCCGCUGUGAAGGCACGACUGUCGACUGUUCGAACCAGAAACUCACCAAAAUACCAGAUCACAUUCCUCAAUACACAGCAGAGCUGCGUUUAAACAACAAUGAGUUCGCUGUGCUCGAGGCAACAGGGAUCUUCAAAAAGUUGCCCCAUCUGAGGAAGAUCAACCUGAGUAAUAACCGCAUCACUGACAUUGAGGAGGGGACAUUUGAAGGAGCUUCAGGGGUCAACGAGUUGAUACUGACCUCCAACAGACUGGAGAACAUACACCACCACAUGCUAAAGGGACUUAGUGGCCUCCGCACACUUAUGCUGAGGAGUAACCGUAUCAGCUGUGUGAGUAACAGCAGCUUCGUAGGGUUGAGUUCAGUGCGUCUCCUUUCACUCUACGACAACCAGAUCACCUCCAUGAACCCCGGAGCCUUCGACACGCUGCACUCCCUGUCCACACUCAACCUCCUGGCCAAUCCCUUCAAUUGUAACUGUCACCUGGCCUGGCUCGGUGAUUGGCUGAGAAGGAAGCGCAUCGUUACUGGAAACCCUCGCUGCCAGAAUCCUUAUUUCCUGAAGGAGAUCCCCAUCCAGGAUGUGGCUGUCCAGGAUUUUGCUUGUGAAGAGGGUAACGAUGAGAAUAGCUGCUCUCCAGUCCUGAGGUGUCCUGCAGAGUGUUCCUGCCUGGAUACAGUGGUGCGCUGCAGCAACAAGGGUCUCACCAUGCUACCCAAAGGCCUACCCAAAGAAACCACUGAAUUAUAUUUGGAUGGUAACCACUUCACUCAGGUUCCUGUGGAACUCUCCAACUACAAACACUUAACACUCAUCGAUUUGAGUAACAACCAGAUCAGCACGUUGUCCAACCACAGCCUCAAUAACAUGUCCGAGCUGCUUACCCUAAUCCUCAGCUACAACCGCUUGCGUUGUAUACCAGUGAGGGCAUUUGACGGACUCAAGUCUCUUCGUUUGCUAUCUCUCCAUGGUAACGACAUAUCCCUGAUACCAGAGGGAGCCUUCAGAGACCUGUCAUCGCUUUCCCACCUAGCUCUUGGUGCAAACCCUCUGUACUGUGACUGUCACAUGCAGUGGCUUUCAGAUUGGGUGAAGAGCGGCUACAAAGAGCCUGGCAUUGCACGUUGUGCUGGGCCUGGAGACAUGACCGACAAACUGCUCCUCACCACGCCCUCCAAGAAGUUCACCUGCACAGGUCCAGUGGAUUUGAGCAUCCAGGCUAAAUGUGACCCCUGCCUCUCCAACCCCUGCAAAAAUGAUGGCACGUGCACCAAUGACCCUGUGCACUACUACCGCUGCACCUGCCCUUAUGGGUUUAAGGGCCAAAACUGUGAAGAACCCAUCCAUGCCUGCAUCAGCAACCCAUGCCAAAAUGGUGGAACUUGUCAUCUGAAGGAAGGAGAAGGAAGCAAUUUCUGGUGUGUGUGUCCAGAGGGCUUUGAGGGUGAUUCAUGCGAGAUCAACAUUGACGACUGUGAAGAUAAUGACUGUGAGAACAACUCCACCUGUGUUGAUGGCAUAAACAACUACACAUGCAUGUGCUCGCCAGAAUACACAGGAGAGCUAUGUGAAGAGAAACUGGAUUUCUGUGCCCCGGAGUUGAACCCUUGUCAGCACGACUCAAAGUGCAUUUUGAUUCCUCAGGGAUACAAGUGUGAGUGCACUCCGGGCUAUUUAGGUGAGCAUUGUGAGCUGGACUUCGACGACUGUAAAGACAACAAGUGUCAGAACGGAGGUCAGUGCAUUGACGCUGUGAACGGAUACACUUGCGUCUGUCCAGAGGGAUACAGUGGGUUAUUCUGCGAGUUUUCUCCUCCAAUGGUCCUUCCUCGCACCAGCCCCUGUGACAACCACGAGUGUCUCAAUGGGGCUCAGUGCGUUGUUGUGGGAUCAGACCCCCGCUGCCAGUGUCUUCAUGGCUAUGAGGGCGAGCGCUGCGAAACACUUGUUAGUGUCAACUUUGUCAACCGCAAGUCUUACCUGCAGCUUCCCUCCAGCCACCUCUCACCACAGACCAACAUCAGCCUGCAGAUUGCCACAGAUGAGGACAGCGGCGUGUUGUUGUACAAGGGGGACAAUGAUCACAUUGCAAUGGAGCUAUACAGGGGACGUCUCAGGGUCAGCUACGACACCGGAUCCUACCCUCCUUCUGCUAUAUACAGUGUGGAGACAGUGAAUGAUGGUAGUUUUCAUGCCGUGGAGUUAGUAGCAGCAGACCAGACUCUAUCUCUGUCCAUUGAUGGCGGCCCACCCAAAUCCAUCAACUCCAUCAGCAAACAGUCCACACUCAACAUAGAUUCUCCUCUUUACCUGGGAGGGAUGCCAGAGCGGGCCCCAGCCUCUGGGGGUCUUUCAGCUUUGCAGCACAGCUCAGGAGGCCGCAAUGGCACCAGUUUCCACGGCUGCCUCCGUAACCUCUACAUCAAUGGGAAGCUCCAGGACCUUGGAGCAGGGCUGGAGGCAGGGGCUCUGAGCUCUGGGACUUCACAGAGCACCAGACAGUGGCUGGGCAAUGGGGUGGAGCCUGGCUGCCAGCCGUGCCAGAGAGGUGCCUGCAUCCAAGGCGACUGCCACCCAACAGGUCACCGUGGUUUUACUUGUACCUGCUACCCUGGAUGGACAGGGACUCUGUGUGACCAGCAAGUUAGCAACCCUUGUGAUGGCAACAAAUGUAUUCAUGGCACUUGCCUCCCAAUAAACUCCUACUCAUACUCCUGCCGCUGCCAGCUUGGCUUUGCUGGUGUACUCUGUGAUGAGCAGGUCCAGGACACAGCUAACCUCUGCAGCCUGUCUCGCUGCAAACAUGGCAAAUGCAGAGUUUCAGGCCUGGGCAAAGCAUACUGCGAGUGUAACAGUGGAUACACAGGAGAAGUGUGCGACAGAGAGGUUGCCUGCCGAGGGGAACGGAUCCGAGAUGUCUACCAGAGACAGCAAGGCUACGCGGCGUGCCAAACCCAGGAGAAGGUCUCCCGUCUAGAGUGUCGAGGCAGCUGCCCGGGGGGAUCAGAAGGACAAGUCACCUGCUGCACCCCCCUCCGUAGCAAACGUAGGAAAUACACCUUCCAGUGCACUGAUGGCUCUUCUUUUGUCCAGGAAGUGGAGAAAGUUGUCAAGUGCGGCUGUACAAAGUGUUCUUCAUAAAAAGAGAGAGAAUUAAAAAAGGGACGGCACCAUCGGCAGAUUUCCGCUUCUCCAGAUAUGUUCUGUGUUCCUGCCCGCCUUACUUGAUCCCCAUCUGCUUUUGUUCCCCCAUGAGGAAACCCCUUCACCUCCUCCCCAGAGUACCACCCCUACCCCCUCCACCAACCCAUUUUUUAAAAACCCUGAAAAAUGUAAAAGAAAGAAAGAAAAAAGAAAAACAUGAGAUUAAAAAAAGAAAAAAAAAAAGAAAAAAGAGGUUUUUGUUUCUUGUCAGUGCUGGACUGAUGAUUGAUGCUUCCUCGGUGGAGAUCUUGAAUUGUAUUGUAAAGUACAAAAACAGACUUA